AUUAAGCCUGGCUCAGGGGUCGGCUGCUCACUACAAGGAUUCUUCCUGACUGGACCUGACCAUGUGGACCAAAGUGCUGCUGCUGCUGCUGCUGGGCUUCUCACACGCUGUGGCAAAACCCCAUAACUGGCUCACUGUCUGCCCAUCAUGGAACACUGAAAUGUAUCCUCUCUGGACGGAUGGAGACCCUCGACACAGCCACUCCUGGAAAGGUGGAAGGGUGAUUUUUAAUGUGGGAAAUGAUUCACCAACUCUGACUGGAGCCAAAGUGACUUUCACCAUCGACCUGGAGUUUCCUCACAACCAAAGAGUGACGCCGAAUGGAGACGUCGUCUGGGCCAAAGACUGUCUUGUCAAUGGAACAAAGUAUUCCGAGGCAGAAGCUGUGUACCCUGGACAAAGCAGCGACUGGGACGCGGUGUUUCCUGACGGGAGCCCGAUGACGACUGACAAGAAACCUGCAUAUGUGUUUGUUUGGAAGGCCUGGGGCCGGUACUGGCAGGUGGCCGACGGCCCCUCCUCCAGCCUGACCAUCGACACUGCUGAGGUCCAGCUGGGCUCCUACUCCAUGGACGUGGUCAUCUACCACUACCGCAGCAAGGAGAAGUUCAUCCCCCUGGGUUAUGCCUCCACGCAGUUCUCCAUCACAGAUCAAAUCCCAUUCGCUGUCUCCCUGGACCAAGUGAAUGAUGUUGAGGUUGGAGACAUGCACUUUGUGCGGAACAGAGCCAUUUCCUUCACCAUCACCCUCCAUGACCCGAGCCAGUACCUGAGCGACGCCGACAUCACCUUCAACUGGGACUUUGGAGAUGCCAGCGGGGCGCUCAUCUCCAGGGAGCUGACCGUCACCCACACCUACGUGCAGCCUGGAGCCUACAAACCGCACGUGGUGAUUCAGGCUGUGCUGCCAGAUCAGGCUUGUCAGCCAGGGGCCGGGCUUACCACUCACGCGCCCUCGCCACACACAACAGCCUCAUUGAUGGGUCUGAGUGUUGCCAUGGACACGGAAGAGGACAACGCUGAGGAAGAGGCCUCGGCAUCCAUGACUCACUCCGCUCAAGAUGCCCCUCCAGGGGUCAACAACACCAGAGCAGACGGUUCACCCUCAACAAGAGCCAAUAAAAUAGUGAAGGGAGGAGACAGCGGGACAGAUGUGGUGAAGAGGAAUGUUGGCGUCAAAGCGUCCACUGACGACUGCGUUAUUUAUCGUUACGGAUCCUUCUGCAUCGGCAUCGAAGUGUCAGAUGCCACUGAAGAAGGUGAGAUUGCAACAAUGAACCGGGCAGCGUCAACAGAAAAGGCUUUGGAUCUCACAGUGACCUGUCUGGGAAAUCUUCCAGUCCAGGUGUGCAGCGCAAUGCUGGACUCAACGUGUUCGAUCCCAAUCCAUGUUACCUGCGACAUGGCGGCGCCUUCUAAAGACUGUCAGCUGGUGUUGCGUCAUCUUGUCGACGGCAUGGGCUCGGCUCCGCCUUCUUCUGACAUGAUCAUCAUGGCUUUGGGUGCCAUGGUCACUGUCCUGUUGGCUGGAAUUAUCGCUUUGUCUUACAAGUGCCUGACGUCGCAGCAUCCCUCCAAGGAGGCUACAGCUGCCGGGCUGCCGUCACCAGGCAGGAAUGGCAGCACGGGCUCCUCCUCACUGUUCUGGUGGAGACUGCUCAGCAGGAAAGGCUCAGUGGAUGACUGUCCUCUGCUGUCAGAUGGACGGGUGUGAACGACCCUCACCAAGCCUGGAACUGAGUACACGCAGCUUGGUGCAUCUUUUUAUAACUUUUUUAAACUUGUUUCUGGGGUAACUAACUCACAUUUCUCUCAUCUGGCCUCAGAUUUUUCUACUCGAAUGUGAGUUACAUUUGGUCACUGAUGUUUUUCCAAUAAAGCCAUUUUUUAACUUCAUGUACCACUCAAU